UUCAGUUCAGGGCCGGCUCGAGGCGUCCCUACUGCGGGUCUGCGGAGGUUUCUCUGUUGCGGGAUUGUUGGGGAACGGGCCCAGAAGCUGCUUCAGGAUGUCUUCAUCACAUUUUGCCAGUCGGCUUCGGAAAGAUUUAAGCACUGAAAUGAUCAGAACCCAGAUUGCUCACAGGAAGUCAUUAUCUCAGAAGGAAAACAGACACAAGGUAUAUGAACGAAACAGGCACUUCGGCUUGAAAGAUGUCAACAUUCCAUUGGAAGGUAGAGACCUUGUUAAUAUACAUGAGAUGUCUCUAGACCUCGCUCCAGAAAAGGCCAGUACCAAAACGAAGUCAGAGAAAACGGUUCUGAGUGACCAGCGGAAGCAGCUCCUCCAAAAAUACAAGGAAGAAAAGCAGCUUCAGAAAUUGAAAGAACAGCGAGAGAAAGCUAAGCGAGGAGUGUUUAAAGUGGGUCUCUACAGGCCUGCUGCCCCCGGCUUCCUCGCCACAGACCAGAGGAGUGUGAGGACCCAGCCUGCUGCCCCCGGCUUCCUCGCCACAGACCAGAGGAGUGUGAGGACCCAGCCUGCUGCCCCCGGCUUCCUCGCCACAGCCCAGAGGAGUGUGAGGACCCAGCCUGCUGCCCCGGGCUUCCUCGCCACAGCCCAGAGGAGUGUGAGGACCCAGCCUGCUGCCCCGGGCUUCCUCGCCACAGCCCAGAGGAGUGUGAGGACCCAGCCCGAGGCUUUUCCAUACAAUGGGCGGAUUACAAGAUCCAAGGCCAAAGACCAUACGGAACACACUAAGAUUGAGAGCAGGAAUGUUCUUCAAACAACACGAUGUGGCCAAAAACAAACUUCUGAAAAGAAAACACUGGACAAAGAGAAAAAAGUCGUGCAGCCCAUGGUGUCGUCAGGGAGAGUGACUGGAUCAGCUGCUCCUCAGAGGACAAAGCAGACCGCCCCAACAGUCUCGUCUGCCCCGAGAAAGCCAGUCACGAGAGUUGCUGGUGAGAAUGAAUCCGAAAGAGUGGGGCCGAGUAGAGGAAGACCUGCCAGAAAGGUGGAAGCCAAACUUGGCAAGGUCCUUCCCUCUAAAGUUGAUAGAGAAGAAAAUAGUGUGGAUCCGCAGACCAGUGUAACAAAUGGAAUGGAUCUGGGCGGCGUCUUCCCAGAGGUGGAGAGCUCAACUAAGACGGUUCCUGCAAAAGUGAAGGAGAGGAAGUCCUUUGCACCUACGCAUUGUGUGUUUCAGCCUCCGUGUGGUCUGAAGACCUAUCCAGUGGUACCCAUGAGUCAUAGAAGUGACGGCGCUUUCUUGACACCCAGUUGUGACUGGAGCCCUUUAAAACCAGAAGUCACUACCACUCAAGAUGCAGCAAACGAAAUCUUGGUGCAAAAAUCUCUAGCUUGCUCUACAGACACAACGCAGCAGGAACAAAAGGACCCCCGGAGCGCUUUGGGUUCUCCCGCAGUCUGUAAGGAAGAACAUGACUUAAAUCAAAAGGAAGCGUCUACUUCAGAUUCCAAUCCCCUUUCAGUGGGAGGAGUCACAUCACUUGAAGCAGGGGAAGGUCAGGUGUCUCAGCCACAGCAUGAUGUGCCGUAUUUCAGAAAGAUCCUCCAGUCAGAAACUGACAAGUUAACCUCACAGUGCCUGGAGUGGGACAGGAAGCUGGAACUGCACAUUCCUGAUGAUGCUAAAGACCUUAUUCGCACAACAGUUGGUCAAACAAGACUCCUUAUUAUGGAAAGAUUCAAACAGUUUGAAGGGCUGGUGGAUAAUUGUGAAUAUAAACGAGGUGAAAAAGAGACAACCUGUUCCGACCUGGAUGGAUUUUGGGAUAUGGUUUAUUUUCAGGUAGAUGAUGUAAACCAAAAAUUCAACAACCUCAUCAAACUUGAGGAAGCUGGAUGGAAAAACAAUAAUAAUUCAUGCAAAAAAGUCCUCCGGAAAAAAAUUGUGCCUGCCAGAACAAGCAAGGCAAAACAGGAUGAUAACGGAAGAAUGGCGGCUAGAAAUCGUCUCGCUGCUAUAAAAAAUGCGAUGAGAGAGAGACUGAAGCAAGAAGAGCAUGCCCCAGCCGCAGCUGUGGAAGCACCAAAGGAAGUUGACAAAAUAGUGUUCGAUGCUGGGUUUUUCAGGAUUGAGAGUCCUGUCAAAUCGUUUGCAGCACUUUCUUCUGAACGUCAUUCUCAGAGAUUUGGAGCACUUAAGUCUGCCAGCAGAGUUGUUCCUGAGAGUGGGGCUGCAGGGGACCUUCUGAGACAAAGGGUUUCGCUGGAGAAUUCUGAUCUUCACAGCAGCAAGAGUGAAAGUGUCAAUAAGACAUUGUUUUCAGACAUUCUUGAAAGCAGGUCCAGCAGAGUGGAAGACACUUCGAGUCCUGGAGAGCAAGAUUCAAGUGCCAUAGGCCAUGAUGUAAAUAAGAUGAAUGUCGAGAUGGAUUGUUCUCCUGCUGGCAGAGUGGCGGAUGAUACUAAGCAGACAGAGGCUCUUUCCGAUGUGGAAGGUGCGGAGCUACAUUCUAAAGUCAACUCCCAAGAUGUGCUGAUGAGUAAUCCUGAGAAAAACUCCCCCUCACCAAGUGUCUCCUCACAGGAAGAAGUCGAAGUGUCCCAGUCAGUACCGUUGCACAGACAGGUCACUUCUGAGCUCUACCCUCUCGAUCCACCAGCCCUGAGCAGCAGCAGUCCCUGCACACGAGUGGAGACCAGCCAGCCAGCCCGUGCCAGACACAUGUCCUUUGGUGGCGACCUCAUCGUCUUCUCACCGCUGAGACCCCGAAGUAGAGAGCACCAGGAGGGUUUUUAACUUCAAAAUAACUCCAAACAGUUUUUUUCCUUCAUAUCAUUAACUCUCUGAUAGUUCUUAAAUUGUUGGAAAUUUUGAGAAUAUGCAUUAGUAUUCACUUCUGUUUGGUCUAUUUAUACUGUAUUACAUGAUGUUUUAAUGUCCAGUGUUCAUUCACACUUCGGUGGUGAUCCUGUAAAUAUGCAGGUUAUGUAAAAUAUGAAACGUGAAGCAAUA